AUGGAGGGGAAGAUGGAGGGGGAAGGGUGGAUGUAUAACAAGUCGAAUAGAAGAGGAGAUGAGGGUUUGGUGGAUUGCUGCAGAGGAGAGAAUAGAAGGAUAAGGGAGGAAGGGAAGUCGGGGGAGCAUGCAGGAAGCUUAGCAGAUUCCCGCUGGAAAGAUACAAUGAAAGAGGAAUUGAGAUCGUUGAAGAAGAAUGCUACCUGGGAAAUAAUUGACUUACCAGCCGGAGCCGGAAAGAAACCUAUAGGAUGCAAAUGGGUCUAUAUAGUGAACUACAAAGUGGAUGGAAUAGUGGAUCGCUUUAAAGCGAGAUUGGUGGCGAAUAGGUAUGCACAGAUAUAUGGCAUCGACUACACUGAUACAUUCGCACCGGUGGCCAAGAUCAAUAUAGUUCGUGUUCUAUUGUCCUUAGUAGCAAACCUAGAUUGA